AUGUAGAUAUUAAAAAAAUGCACCGACCGGGAAUCGAACCCGGGUCAAAGCGAUGGCAACGCUCUAUUCUACCACUAAACCAUCGGUGCUUUCGGUGAAUUACUAAAUGACAACCAUAGACUUUUACUAAAUCCAUAUUAAAUUAUAAUUAUUUAAAUUUUUUUGCUAAAAUAUCAAAGAAAUUCAUUUUAUAAGACGCAUUUAUGUAGAAGUAAGUUAGAAUAUUUUAAAGAUUGA